ACUCAUAUGUUUCAUCCUAAAACCUUAAAACUUCAUCAACAGCAAGAAGCCAAGAACACAAUGCUUAAUUCAUCACAUGCUUCCUUUACACUUAUCUUUCUCUGCUGCAUUUUCUUCACUGCAUUCGCUUUGUCUUUGCCCGUUUCCGACCCCGAGCUCGUCGUUGACGAAGUACACAGGAAAAUAAACGAGUCUAUAUCAAGAAGGAACUUAGGAUACUUCUCGUGUGAGACCGGUAAUCCAAUAGAUGAUUGUUGGCGAUGCGACAAAGAUUGGGAGAAGAACCGAAAACGGUUAGCUGACUGUGGAAUCGGUUUUGGCAAAAACGCAAUCGGUGGUCGUGAUGGUGAAAUCUACGUGGUCACUGAUCCAGGAAACGAUGAUCCAGUAAACCCUAAACCCGGAACUCUAAGAUACGCAGUGAUCCAAGACCAACCGCUUUGGAUCAUAUUUAACCGCGACAUGACGAUCCAACUAAAAGAAGAACUCAUAAUGAACUCUUUCAAAACCCUAGACGGACGAGGAGCAUCAGUACACAUAGCUGGUGGACCGUGCAUAACCAUACAAUAUGUGACCAACAUUAUAAUCCAUGGUUUACACAUACAUGAUUGUAAGCAAGGUGGUAAUACUUACGUACGUGACUCUCCAGAGCACUACGGGUGGAGGACCAUAUCGGACGGUGAUGGUGUGUCUAUCUUCAGUGGGAGUCAUGUGUGGGUUGAUCAUUGCUCGCUUUCGAAUUGUAACGAUGGGUUGAUUGAUGCGAUACGUGGCUCAACGGCUAUAACGAUCUCUAAUAAUUACUUGACGCAUCACAAUAAGGUUAUGUUGUUGGGACAUAGUGAUACGUAUGCACAAGACAAGAACAUGCAAGUCACUAUCGCUUUUAACCAUUUUGGUGAAGGCCUCGUCCAAAGAAUGCCAAGGUAUUCAAAAUGGUUUACUUUACUAUUUAUCAAAACAAUCUAUGUGUGGCUAUAUGUGGAUAUAUGUAGCACAAACUAUAAAGGUUAAGUAUAUCACUAUAUUGUCGGUGGACAUUCUCUUCAUAUCUUACAAGAAAAUAGAAAAGCCAACACAACUACUCCAUUAAACUCUAAGAGCAUCCACAUCAAUGUCGGUUCAUUAAAUCAAUAUUUUAUUAUUACUUUUUCUGUUUUCUUUUUGAUUUUUUUAUAAAUAAAAAAUAGACGAAUCGCAGGCCACCACGUGUCGUGGGGCCUGCGCUACAGUGAUGAACCAACCACAGAGAACCUAUAAGAGGCGGGUUCAUCACUAUUACUUUUUUUUUUUUUUGAAAAAUGUGUGAACCCCCCAUCUGAACCUUUGAUGGGGGUGCUCUAAGCUACCUUGUUAUUUUU